AUGGCAGACAAUUCACUUAUUCAAAAGGUUCAGAAUCUCAGCGAUAUCGAACUCGCUGUACUCAUAUGUCUUGUGAACCAGGAGCAUUGCAUCAUCAAAACGGUACCUGUAUCUAUUGACGACUUAGUACGCGAAUUGCAACUGGUACUUACUAGAGAUUUUGGCCUCAAACAUGCCGUGCUUGAUUGCAACAGGCACACCACAUUGGACGUAUUUAAUAGUAUAAUACUGCCUUUGGAAAACUCGCGAUCUCGGUCAAAAUCUCCUGUCCAAACUCGCCAUGAUGUUUAUUUUUUGGGUACCCCUACUAGAACAACGGCAAUUAGAUCCCCGGAAGGAAAUGGAACGAUGGUAAAUGUGAUAAUUGCAAAAAAUCUCAACCAAGCGCCACGACAGAUUCAGAUGCAAGCCUUAGAGCUAAUGAAGACGAAGCGACUUUAUGUGCAGGCAGAGUUAUACACCGCUCCCAAAAGAUUCUUGGUAAUUGCCGCGCUGGCUGGUGUCGAAGAUUUAAGUUUGAUGAAGCACCUAAAUGAUUAUAUGUUUAUUUCACACUUUCACCACUUUAAAGAUGGAUUCCCAAACUUAGAAGAAAGCUAUGAUGACGACGGCUCAAACUCCUCAGUGAUAAUAAAAGGUCUUGAUCUUAAGGGGCACGAAGAUCCUGUAGAACCUGCUAUAUCAAGCCAGGAAAUUGAGCGAUUAACCAACCUCACCAACAUGACCACGUUUAGUAUGGAGGUCAAGCAAUAUCAAAUGAAUAUUAUUUCUUUUCUAAGACUUCAUCGAGCUGUAGGCGGUGGUAUCACAGCGACCGCCACCAAGUAUUUUGACAAGUUAAACAGAUGUUUGGCACCGCUUCAUAAUCUCACUUAUGUCACCCCUUCACUUGUCGCUCUGGCAGCCAAAAAAAUUUACACGCACCGAAUACAAAUUGUGAAACCUGAAAACGAGCGAAGCAUGCAGUGGGGAAGUGAACUUGAAGCUGUAUCUGAAUUACUCGAGGGUGUUGGUCCUGAGGAAGUCCUUGAUGACGUACUUGGAGAAUUAGGUGCGGAGGUGCCUAUCUGA